GGCCUGCCCAUCUCGUACCGUAUCGCGCCUAAUAAGGUCUCAGAUCUCCUUGGAUCCGCCACAAAUACCCAUCUUGCAACACUUCGAUACCCCUCCAACACACAGCAACAAUGCGCUUCCUAGCAACCCUCGGCCUGUGCACGGCAGUCGCCGCCGGACUCAUCGUGCCGCAGAAUGUGCCCCAGACAGUCCGGGUGCUCGGCGUGUCGCUGCUGGGGUCGGGCUGCCCGGCCGGCAGUGCCGACGUGCAGAUCGACGGCACCAAGACGCUGAUGGAAGUCACCUUCUCCAGCUACAUUGUGCAGACGGGGCCGGGUACCAUGGCCGCCGACUGGCGCAAGAACUGCAAGCUGACGCUCAACCUGGGGUUCGACGAGGGCUUCCAGUUCGCCACCAUGGCCACGGACAUGACGGGGUUCGCGCAGAUCCCCGCGGGCUCGCACGGCACGUGCUCCAACACGUUCGACUUCACGGGCGUGCAGGGGCAGACGGCCUUCUCGACGCGCCUCGACGGCGCGCGCGAGGGCCCCUUCACACUGCACUCGGACACGGACGCCACUAGCUGGUCGCAGUGCGGCGGCACCACGGCCAUCAUGAACAUGAAUACGCAGUGCAACAUCUCGCCGACGCAGCAGCAGGCGCUGAUUGCGGUCGAUCGCAUCAGCGGCAAGAUCACGGUCAACGUCUCGGUCGCCUGGCGGAGGUGCAAUUAGCGAAUCGGAAGAGGCUUGGGGCAUGCAUCUCGAACUGGGGUUCUGACAGACAUGUCUAUAGCUUUCUAUUCUCAUUGUGUCAUAUGAACAUACUGCUGCUCUCAAUACCCUAGCGUGGCAAUCCCUCGGCUCGCAGAAGUGAUAUUGCAUGAUUGCUUGAUCCUCUCAAAG